AUGGCGACAGCGAUUGUUAGUUCGGCUCGUCAGGUGGGGAGGCUAACAAAUGCGGCCAGAAGAUUAUACUCUGAUGUUUAUCCAAAAAUAACCACACAUUACACAAUUCACCCUCGAGAUAAGGAUCCACGAUGGAAAGAUAUAAACAUGGAAAGAAUAGCAGAGGAAACAGAUAUCCUCAUUAUUGGCGGAGGACCAGCUGGAAUGGCAGCUGCAAUCAGAGCAAGGCAGAUAGCAGAGGAGAAGGGGGCUGAAGUACGAGUAACACUACUGGAGAAGGCCACAGAAAUAGGUGGCCACAUAUUAUCAGGAGCAUGUGUUGAUCCAAUAGCAUUAAAUGAACUUAUACCAGAUUGGAAAGAAAAGGGUGCUCCUCUGAACACUCCAGUCACCUCUGAUAAAUUCGGUUUACUCACCAAAAGUGGUAGAAUUCCUAUACCAGUAUUUCCAGGUUUACCAAAUUACAAUCAUGGCAACUAUGUAGUAAGAUUGGGUCACCUGGUGCGGUGGUUGUCUGAGCAAGCUGAGGCACUGGGAGCUGAGGUGUGGCCUGGCUGUUCUGGUGCGGAGUUAUUGUAUCGUGAGGAUGGUUCCCUCAAAGGUGUAGCGACUGGCGAUGUGGGAAUCGCUAAAGAUGGCAGCCCUAAAGAUAUGUUUGAAAGGGGCAUGGAGUUCCAUUCUAAAAUCACUAUUUUUGCUGAAGGGUGUCAUGGUCAUUUGACAAAGAUGGUGUCUAGUAAAUUUAACUUAAGGGAAAAAAGUGAACCACAGUCCUAUGGUAUUGGACUGAAAGAAUUGUGGGAAGUUAAACCAGAGCAUCACAAACCAGGUUUAGUCGAGCAUACAGUGGGCUGGCCCUUAGAUAAAAACACUUAUGGUGGUUCAUUCAUAUAUCACCUUAAUGCAGCAGAGGGUGAGGCGCCAUUAGUUGCUGUUGGAUUCGUAGUUGGCUUGGACUAUGUCAACCCAUAUUUAAGUCCUUUCCGAGAAUUCCAGAGAUUUAAGUUACACCCAUAUGUAAAGCCAAUGUUUGAAGGUGGCAGCCGCGUGGCGUACGGCGCGCGUGCGCUGGUGGAGGGCGGCUGGCAGUGCGUGCCGGCGCCGGCGUUCCCGGGCGGCUGCCUGGCCGGCGACACCGCCGGCUACCUCAACGUGCCCAGGAUCAAGGGCACGCACAACGCCAUGAAGAGCGGUAUGCUGGCGGCCGAAUCGGCGAUGGAGCUUAUUCUGUCAGGUGAAGCGACGCACGACAAAGGCGUAGUUCCAACAACAUAUGAAGACAAAUUGAAGGAAUCAUAUGUAUAUAAGGAGUUAAAGCAAGUACGCAACUGUCGCCCAUCGUUCCACACGAAGUUAGGCUUGUACGGGGGUAUUGCCUACUCCGCUUUCUCUACACUGGUUCGUGGAAAGGAACCCUGGACUUUUAGCCAUGGUGGUGCUGACCAUGCGAAGCUGAAGCCAGCUAAAGAGUGCCAGCCCAUCGAGUAUCCCAAACCAGAUGGUGUUGUUACAUUUGAUCUGCUGUCAUCAGUUGCUUUGACAGGAACAAAUCAUGAAGCGGAUCAGCCGCCACAUCUUACCUUAAAAGAUGACACGGUACCUGUUAAGAGGAAUCUCGCAGUUUUUGACGGUCCCGAAUCAAGGUUCUGCCCGGCAGGUGUGUAUGAAUUUGUACCUCUAGAGACAGGGGAGGGUGAGCGGCUACAAAUCAACGCGCAAAACUGUAUUCACUGUAAGACGUGUGACAUUAAAGAUCCUUCGCAAAAUAUCAACUGGGUCGUUCCCGAAGGUGGUGGCGGCCCGGCUUACAAUGGGAUGUAA